AUGGAUUCGAUAGAAACAAGGUUUUGUACACAAUGUCUUGACGACAUAGAACGAUUGUCGAAAGCAACAGCAUUUUGUAAGCAGUGUAAUGAAUAUAUAUGUUCGGAUUUAUGUUUAAGACAACAUGCUAAAAAUCGCCUCUCCAAAAACCACUGCUUUCUUCUCGACGACGAGUUGAAAGAUUAUCUCGAAAAGAAAGGAAUUGUUAUCGACACGGGUAAUGCUGAGGAAAGAGACUGCGCGCCUGCUGCAAAGCAUAAACAAGCUGUGCUUCGAACGGAGUUUAAUAUACGGGCAGCGUCGGAUAAAGAAAUCUGCAGCAUACACGCAUCGGCCGUAUUAGGUAACGGAUUUAUUGUUUUAGCAGAUCUGAAAAACAGCAAUUUAAAGCUGUUUGACCCAGAUAAGAGAACUUGCACAGCAGUAUUGAAGUUAGAGAAAGGUCCGCGAGAUAUUUGUGCGUCUAAUGUUAAUGAUACCGACUUGUAUGUUAACGAGGCCGGUGUCAAGGGGAUUCAUUUAAUAAAUACGAUUGAUUUUAGUAUUUCAAAAACAUUACCGACGGAGGGUGAAUGCUAUGGUGUGGCUUGCUGGAAACGAGGUAUUGCAGUUACAUCAACUUCGUAUAAAACGUACUAUGGGCAGUAUGAACUACAACUUCUCGAUUAUCACGGACGUGUGAAUAGAAAAUUCAUUGUUGGAAAAGUAAAAAACUUAGAAUUCAACUUGCCUUGGUACCUUAGUUCAAACGUAGAUGGACAACAGAUACUGAUCUCAGACUUCGGUAACCACCGUGUCACAUGCAUUGAUGUGGACGGAAGUGUUAUCUUUGUGUAUAAAGAUUCCGACCUUAUAAGACCAGUUUCCCUAUCAACGGAUAACGAAAAUGAUAUUUUCGUCGUUAGCCAGAGGUCGCAUUGUAUCCACCACCUCUCGUGCAAGGGUGAAAAACGAGGUGUUGUCUAUGCAGAAAAUUCGAUGGAAUAUCCAGGAGGAAUUUCCUUUGAUUUACAAAAUGACAGGUUCUGUGUGCAGUGCAUUGGUUGGUCUGAUAUUAUUCAGUUAUUCGAUAUUUCCUCUGAACCUGCCUGGAAAUAA